CAACGGACGAAUAGCGUCCGAAAUCGAGCUGCGGAUGAUUCUGGGCUCCCGUUCCAGAGAUAAGGAUAGCUCGUAGGCCACUAGCUACUAGUUAGUGCGGGAGCAAUCUGCUACAUGGUUCCCUUUCGUGCAGCGACGAACUAGCGUCGCGAUCGGCUUGCCUUGAGCAACGGUUGUUAUACGCUUGUAGGAGAAACACGCGAGUGGUUGUGAUACCCUUCUUUGAUCCCUAGGCACAACUGGCCUGUGAACGACCAAUUCCUUUCUGGCAUGAUCCACGCCUGGUAGUGUCGUGCAUCGGCCCCUCUCAUUCUCGUACGCUUGCAUCAGCCAGUCUCAUUCUCCUCAUUCCGGCGAUGUUAGAAGCGUCCACAGUGUACUCAGCCUGUGUCAAACUCCUGCAGCAGUAACAGCCGAUGAUAGGAGGGUCCAUAGUGUACUGCCAGGUCGUUCCGCGAUGAUAGGAUGAGGUCUCGUGCUUUCUCAAAACUCCCUGACCUAGUCCUUCAGUGUCCUUCGCCUUAGUUUUUCUUUUUUCGCAAGGCGCUUUCGCGAAGGUAACUGCGACUGCGACUGCGACAUGACAAGACGGACGAGGCGACGCACAGGGGGGUCCAACGCUACGGCUGACGUGGAGAUUCCAGACACCGCUGCAGCGACAACCAAUCAGGCGGCGACACCUGUCAGCCAGAGGGGUCGAUCUCGAGGGGCGUUAGGGGGUCGCUCAGCUGGCGCGGAUACGCCAGGGAGAAGCAGUGCCAGACUCGUGCCUCUCAGUGCGACUCCUGCUGCGACGUCUUCUGCGACCCUCGCUGCAACUCCUGCGACUGUCGCUGCGACCCCUUCCGCGAAUCCUGCUGCGACUCCGGCGACUGCCUCGGCGGCUGCGUCUGCGACUUCGGCAGGGGCUUUACCCGAAACUACUCUAGCCGAGGCCGCUGCAGCCGAUGCAGUCACUCCAGGUGCUCUCGCUACAUCGCGCAACCUGCUCGCGCUUCCCCCUCUGCUUGAAGUCUCCGCGGAAGCAUCGCGUCCCGGCGGUCCUUCCUCCGCGUCCUCCGCCGCAUCGGCGCGCUUCUCCCCCGAUUCCCCGCCCAGUUCCUCCGCCGCAGGCGCUCCGCGCUCGCUGGCGGAAGCUCCCGCCUUUUCCGCGGAACCCCACGCGUCGCCCGCGCUAGCGCGGCAACGAAGUGGUUCUUCCGCCGGCGCCGUCGCAAUCGCUGGCGGAGCGCAUGCGGGUAGCGCGCGGGGGCUGCGCGCGUUUCCCGCGCGGAUUGAUGCAGUAGCGGCGGAGACAGAGACGGAAACGGAGAUUGCUGACGUGGCAGGAGGCGGAGGAGGGGGAGAGUCGGGGAUUGAGAGAGAGGGGGGGUUAGAGGAGGGGAGUGAAGGGGUGGAGGGGGUGGUUGAGAAAAUUGGGCAGUUGGAAAUGCGCCAAGACAUGGGGUUACUAGAGGGGGAAAAUGAGAAUGGGGGGGCGAUCGAGAAUGGGGGGGAGGAGAUUAAGGUGGUUGAGAGGUGUGAAGAGGUAGUGGAAUUGGUGGAUGAUGCCGAUGAGGGUGGGGAGGGGGAUGGGGAGGAGGAGAAGGAUAGGGAGCAGCAGCAGCAGCAAGAGGACGAAAGCCAGGUUGGAGAAGAGCAAGAGCAGGCACAGCAAGAACGAGAAAAGCAGCAGGAGACUCAGGAGGAAGAUCAGGAGGAGCAGCAGCAGCAGCAAAAACAGAAGCAGCAACACAGACUAGAAGCAAAUAGUAGCCAGCAGCACAUGGCAACAGCAGUGCCUUCCACAUCCAAACCACCACACCACCAACCAUCCCGGCAUCAACCAGCCCGCCGUCUCCCCCCUGAUUGGACCUCCCUGCCGGUCGAGAUCACCCUCAGAAUCUUCGCCCUCCUUAACUUUCGUGACCUCGCUCGGGCGUCUUGCGCCUGCUCCUCCUGGUGCCACCUCUCCGCCUCCCCACCGCUCUGGACCGCUCUCGACCUCCGCUGCUACCCGCCUCUCUCCGCCGCUGCAGCAGAUUCCCUCGCAUUGAAGUGCGCAGGGGCGUUGACCCGUGUGCAUGUGAAAGGUGCGGAGUCCCUUAGGGCAGUUGCCAGGCUCGCUGCUGGCUUUAGGAGGUCCGGCCGGCGUGGUGGGCUUUCAGGUGGUUUUUCAGGGGGGUCGCGCGGUGGGAUGGGGUUCAGUGUUUCUGGUGGUAGUGCUGCUGCAGCUGGGUUGGCAUCUGGUGCUGGCGCUGGUGCGUCUGGUAGUGGCAGUGCGACUGGUGCUGGCGAUGAAGGUGGAAGCAACAACAGCAGCAACGGCGCAUCUGGCCAUUCUAGGAGUAUGGACGGGACAGGUGUGCCGACCGGCAACGCUACUGGUAUGCCUCCCAGAGAGCCUCACACAUCCCAAGCUUUCUGGGGUUCUGAGCUUUCUUCGCCCGGCUCUGCCUGGGCCGCCCCUUCAGGCUCGUGCCUCCAGCACCUCCUUGCUGACUCAUGUGGCGAUCUCUCUGACGCAUCCCUCGGGCUUGUCCUCGGCCGCCACGCGCGCCUCCGCCAGGUGUCGCUCUCUCAUUGCACCAGGCUGUCCGCCGAUGCGAUCUGCGUGCUAGCUGAAUCCUGUCCCCGUUUAGAGGAUCUCCACUUGAACGGCUUACAGAGGGUUGAUCUGGCCAGCCUUACUGCACUUGCGCGUCAUUGUCCUCGGUUAUACAAUCUCGCCCUCCUUAACUGUCCUAAGUUUGAGGACCGGGGAGGCCUGGCGUUGCUUCGGCAGGUCAGGUACCUGUCCCUGUCAGGCUCGGAAGUGAGCUGGCCUCGGGCUGCUUCGGAUGUGGCUCGGCUGCCGAACCUGCGAGGCGUGGACGUGUCACGUUCGGACAUCUCCCCCGAAGCUAUCAACCUGCUCCUAGCGUCUCCCUCUAUCCUCCUGAUAGCUGCUUUCAGCUGCCCUGUGUUGGAAACUUUCCACGAGAAUAUCAAAAUGCCUAGCAAGCCCCGUCUUUUGCUGUUUCGGUACGGCAAUCUUCGUCAGUGUCUUCUCGCGCUCGCCCUCUCCUGUAGCGACCCCUCCUGCCUCUGGAGCUUCUGCAAGGCUCGGAAACCAGCUUGCCCUGUGGCAGGUUCGGCAGCGGCCGAGGCAGCAAUGGCAGCAGCAGCAGCAGCAGCAGCAGCAGUAGCAGCAGCAGCAGCAGCAGCAGCAGCAGCAGCAGCAGCAGCAGGAGCAGCAACAGCAGUAGCAGCAGCAACACCUGCAACACCAGCAGCAACAGCAGUAACAGCAGCAGCAGGAACGCCACCAGCAACACCAGCAACAUUGGCAGUAGGAUUUGGGGGUGGCCCAGUGACUCCUGCCUCGCAACAUACUCUUUCGAGACGGCAGACCAGAUCCGCUACAGCCGCCGCUACAGCUGCUGCUGCUACUGCUCCUGCCUCUAGAGAAAGGAGAGGUGGAGGACGAGGAGGUGGGGGGCGGGGAAGAGGAAGAGGAAGGGGAAGAGGAGCAGCAGAAGUAGAGGCUGUGGCAACACCACAAGUAGCAGCAGCACCUGCAGUAGGAGCAGGUACUGCUGCCGAAGCAGCACGAGCAGUGCCAGCAACAGCAACACCAUCCGGAGCAACAACCACAGCAGCAGCGGCAGCAGCAGCGGCAGCGGCAGCGGCAGCGGCAGCAGCAAGCACCCCAGCGAGACAGGAGGCGGAAUACACACCCGUGCACCCAGCCACAUCUGCAUCAGAGGCUGCAGCAGCUGCCUCGGAUGAUGGACAGCUCAGAGCUCUAGUGCUCGAAAUCACCGGGGCUCUGGGGGGCGGUGGGCCCAGGAGCGCUUGCGUGGAGCUCUCUGAUUGGAUGGAGCUGAUUCUGGUCCGAUCUCUGCACUCCCUGGCAGAGAGAUUAGAGCCGAUGGGCGGCGAAGGGGGAUGGGGUGGAGUGGGGGGAGGACUAGGGGGAGGAGGGGGAGGAGGAGCAGGAGGGGGAGGAGCGGGACGGGGAAGACGAGGGGCGGACGGGGCAGUAGGAGGAGGAGGAGAAAGAGGAGGGGAAGGGGGCGAGGCAGCGAGGGGAGCAGGAGGAGCAGGAAGGGCAGCAGGAGCAGGAGGAGCAGCAGGGAGAGGGUGGGAGCCGAGGGAGGAUUUCUGGGUGACUCAGGGCAUCCCUGCCGUGCUGCUGCUGCUGCAGAGCCGGCAGCAGGAGGUGCGCGAGAGAGCUGCAGCCACUGUAGGGGUGUUCGUGGUUGCGGAUUCCAUAGGGGCUGGGUUGGAGGACGAGGAGGAGGAAGAGGGGGAGGGGGAGGAGGAAGAGGAGGGAGAAGGUGCAGGGUGGGGAGGAGGAGGAGGAGGAGGAGGAGGAGGAGGAGGAGGAGGAGGAGGAGGAGGAGGAGGAGGAGGAGGAGGAGGAGGAGGAGGAGGAGGAGGAGGAGGAGGAGGAGGGGGUGUGGGAGGAGCGGCAGGGGGAGUAAGGGGAGAAGCAGGAGGGGGAGGGGAGUGGGGAUUUUGGAGUGACGCGAGCAGAGCGGAGGGGGAGGCGGUGAGCAGUGGGAGGGUGAGGGCGUUCGUGAGAGGGGGAGGCGUGGAGACGCUGGUUCGCAUGGCAGGCAGGCACGGACCGGAGGGGCCAAGAUUCGAGGCGACCAAGGCCCUGGCGAAUUUGUCUGUUAGUGUGGAUGUGGCGAGGGAGGUGGUGAGGGUGGGCGGGGUGGGCGUGCUGCUCUCCCUCCUCCCCCUCCCCAACGGCUGUAUCGCGGAGGCUGCUGCAGGGGCGCUCUGGAACUUAUCUGUGGCUGAUGAAUACAAGACGUACAUCAUGCAAGCAGGGGGCAUCGACACGUUGGUUGACAUCAUGGCCUUGGCUCCUCCUCCUGCAGUGGGCCUCCCAGGGGACUGCAUCCUCGAGCGGGUGACAGGGGCGUUGGCCAACCUAGCAGUGGACGACGCCUGCAGCACGAGCAUAGUGGCAAGGGGGGGUGUGAAGGCUCUCGUGUGUCUGCUGCAGCACUGCCAGCACGACCUCGUCUUGGAGCAGGCGGCCAGGGCGCUGGCCAACCUGGCAGCGCAUGGCGACAGCAACCGCAACUCUGUGGCUGUGGGCACGGAGCCUGAGGCGAUCCCGUCACUAGUUUCACUGCUGCAGUCCCCCAACGAGAGCAUCAGGCAAGAGGGGGCAGGCGCGUUGUGGAACCUGUCAUUCGAUGACAGCAACAGGGAGGCCAUAGCAGCAGCGGGGGGCGUGGAGGCGUUGGUUCGGCUAGCCCGGGAAUCGUGCCUGCCAGGGGCGGCAGAAGACACACAGGAGAGAGCAGCAGGGGCGCUAUGGGGCCUGUCGGUGUCUGAAACCAACAGCGUUGCCAUUGGGCAAGCAGGAGGGGUGGAGUCGCUGCUUAGGCUCGCGCAAGCACAAAAGCUGGAGGUCCAGGAGACAGCCACUGGCGCGCUUUGGAAUCUAGCCUUCAAUCCAACCAACGCCGCUUACAUUCUCGUGAACAGUGGCGUGCCAAUCAUUGCCUCAAUCAUCGUUGCCUCCCUGCCGCCUUCCGCCGUAGACCACCUCGGCACAUUCCCUUGCCCCUCCUCUUCCUCCUCCUCCGCCUCUGCGUCUACCCCUAGAAACGCCACCACCACCCACGCUGCGCCAUCCUCUGCUCCCACUGGUUUUGCCGGUGCUGUUGCUGCUCUUGCUGAUGGUGGUGCUGCUACUGGUGGUGGUUGGCAGUAUUUGUUGCCUCAAAGGCCGCCCCCUCCUCCUGCUCGCACCGGUGCUCCACCACUUCCCAUGCCUAUUCAUCGCAACCUUGCUGCUCCUGCAGCAGCAGCGGUUGCUGCUGCUGCUGUUCGUGCUGCGGCGGCUGGUAUUGCUGCUGGGGAUGUUGGUGCUGCUGGUGCUGCUGCUGGUGGUGCUGCGGCUGCUGGUGCUGGUGCUGAUGCUGCUGCAAUUGCUGCUGAUGCUGUUCGUGCUGCUGCUGCUCGUACUGGUGCUGAUGCUAUUGCUGCCGCUGCCAUUCGUGCUGCUGCUGCAGCUGCUGCUGCUGCUGCUGCUGCUGGUGCUGCCGGUGCUGCCGGUGCUCGUGCUGUUGCAAUUGCUGCUGCUGCCAUUCGUGCUGUUGCUGCUGGUGUUGCUGCUGGUGCUGCCGGUGCUGGCGGUGCUGGUGCUGCCGGUGCUGCUGCUGCUGGUGCUGCUGCUGCUGCUGCUGGUGCUGCUGCUGCUGCUGCUGCUGCUGCUCCGCAGUUGCAAGUUCUGCCUUGGAGAGUUUCCUCGCCGAUGGCUGGAUUCAUGGCCACUCUUGCGCUCGCAUAUAUCUUCGAUGGCAGCAAGUCUUCUGAAAUGGCUGCUGCAGCAGCAGCAGCAGCCCCCCAGAUAGACUAUCCCCCAACCUUGGAGCUGCAGCAGCAGCUAGGCUUCCACACCGUCGAGUGGUUUCUGAGGUGCUUCAUACACGAGAGAGAGGAGGCGGAAAGGGCGACGGAGCGAGCGCGGGAGAGAGAGAGGGAGAGGAGGAAGGUUGAGGAAGGGGAGGAGGAUGAGGAGUGCUGGGGCGGAGGGAGCGGGCAGAGAGGGGGGAGGUCUAGAAAGAGGAGGGCCUCAGCAUGGCGCGAUGAGGAGGGGGAGGAGGAGGCGGAGGAGAACGAGGAGGAGUGGCUUCCUGCAACAGCAACCAGAAGCAGACGGGCAGGAAGGGGGCGAGGGAGAGGGAGAGGGAGGGAGCAGCUGGAUCGGACUCUGAUGAGGAGAGUGAUGAGCUACGGCUCGGUAGAGGUGCGACUGGUCCGGCCACACCUGCUUCUGCGGCUCGGGGUGGGCUUCCCCGCACCCCUGGCGUCACCUCCCCUGCUGCUGGUCCGUCUGGUGCUUCAGGUGUUUCUUCAGGUGCCAGUUCGGACAACGUGCCCCCACCGAUGUCAGCAACGUUCAUGCGGCACCUGGAGGCACGAGCAGCAGCGGAUGAUGCUGCUCUGCUGGCCUUCUCCCACAGCUGCCGGAUUCAAGAGGCAGGGCUGCUCAGAUGCAGUGCUGCGGAGAUCAACCGGUUUGUCGCCAUGUUACGCAACCCCUCCUCGACCCUGCGAGCCUGCGCAUCCUUUGCUCUGCUGCAGCUCACCAUGCCAGACGGCCGCCACACGGCGCACCACAUUCAACUCCUCUCAGACGCCGGGGCUUCCCGCGCUAUUCGCGCCACUGCUGCUGGCGCCACAUGUUCCCCGAUGGUAAAGCUGCUGGCGCGGGCUGUUUCUAGGAAUGUGGAUCUGCAUGUGAGGAUGCAGGCGAGAGGGAAAGGGUUGAGGCUGUGAAUGUGGCGGCAAGGAGUUAGAGGAUGAAUGGGGUGGUUGAGUUAUGGUUUUCUGCCCGAGAAAUGUGGCAUAGCUGGUCUAGCCACGUAUCGUAAGGUGGUAUGGGUCUUAUGGAAAGAUCUGGCGCGCUUGUGCUCGAGUGUAAGAUAUGAGACAAAGGAGUUAUUUGCGAAAAUGAUGGCAAAUGUAAACGUUU